GUCACUUUGUCGUGUUGCACUGCAGUGCUUCUCGCCGGCCGCCUCACUUGCGACAGCCUCGUCACUGACCUCGACGACUCGAUCACUGACGUUCUUUCCACCUCGCAGUCACCCACUGCACGCACUUCGAUUCCGAUACCACGACGACAUCGCCGUCGACAUCGACUUCAGCACACACGACAAGAUGCCACCACUGGUUCUCGCAACCAUGACGUCCUCGUCCGCCGUUCCAUCGGCCACCAACGCCUACUCCGUCACCGUCCGCCUCGAGUCGACCGCCUCCACCGACAAGCGGAUCCUCACCCUUUCCUCUGGCAGCCCUCGCACCAUCGGUCGUGCGUCCCGAACAAAGAUCAAGGACCUGAAGGAAGCGCAGGAUAAUGCCCUCUUCGACUGUCCCGUCGUGUCCCGCCAACACGCCGAGCUGCGUGCGACAAAUGCCUGGCUGCCAAGCGAGCGUCAAAUCACCAUCACCGAUCGUUCCAGCAUGCACGGUACCUAUGUCAACAGCAAACGUCUCAGACCAGGCAUGCCAUUCACGCUGGUCUCUGGUGACGUGAUCAAACUAGGCGAGCGCGUCACCCAAGGUGAACUUCAGCGCGGCUUCCGCGUACCAUCCGUCUCCGACGCUUCAGAUCUGGAGAGCGACAGCAUGUCCUUUGUGAGCGACCAGGAAGAGGAAGACACUUCGGCUCAAACCACACCCGAGGAUUUGAAGAUGAAGUUGGGCAGCCAGCAAGCUCCCAUCGAUCUCGAUACGGGCUCGGCGAGCCCAAGUAAGGUCGUGUCUCGCGCUGUCUCAAGUAAGGUUAUCAAUCUCGAUGAUGAAGAUAGCGAGAGCGAUGACGGCUUCUGCGUACCUGGAGCAGUCACCGGCGACGGUGCUGGUGUGAUGCCUCCCUCGGGCCAGGAGAGUGUUGGUGCAGAGAUGGAAUAUUCUGUCUCCGAAGAUGAGGACCAGCAAGAUGAUCUCGCAUCCGAAGCAAAUUCGAAACCAAUGGCAGAACUCGAUGACGAGGAGCUGGCUGACAUGGGAUGCUUUGCCCUUCGUCCCUUGGACGAUGUCGAUGAGGUUGACGGUUUCGAGUAUGAGGAGGACGAUGGCUUCGACGACGAGGGGAACGACGGUUUCAACGACGGCUUUUCCGACAGCGGCUCUGACGACCAGUCCGAUAAUGAGGAGCAGGACCGCGAGCUGUCUCCAGAGCUCGGCCGUACCUCCUUUGAUGAAGAUGAGCAUGUCGAUCGCACCGAGACCAUCAGCUUUGCUCCCGUGGUCUCUCAGUCGCAGCCGGCCGCCGCCACUCUCCAAAAGCCGCGCUACGAUCCAGUCCGCAGCUCGCAGCCUCCAGCGGAGACCAACACUGAGCGUUUCAAGUCCAAGAACUACACGUAUGGAUACCCGGACUUUGGACGUGUGACGAAUCUGGCUACUGACUUCGACCACAGCAGUCGUUUCGACAUCGGCCCAACCGGCUUGUACGAGCCCCUCUCUCAGUUCGAUGGCCUUUUCGACCCAUUCGCCCUGCGCGGUCAACCUCCCUACGAGCAACGCUCGAUGGGUGGAUUUCAGCCAGCACCUCAGUUCCACUUCGCGGAUGACCCCAACCUCUCGAGACAUUUCGACUCCCAUGUAGCGCGGCCAGCUGAGCCUUCGGCUCCGACCAUGAAGAACAGAAUCUCAAUCGAUGAACUUGUCGACAAUAUCGGCAUGUCCGUACCACGGACCACUGCGAAUGCCGCUGUCUCGAUGCCGACUGCCUCCUCCAACACGAACAAGCGCAAGGCUGAAGAGAUGACCGCCGGAGAGGCCCAUCCGACCGAGCCACCGACCAAGAAGACCAUCGAAGCCCCUGUGGUCCACCGCACCGGUAGCGUUGUCGUUGCGCGCGCCUCGACUGAGCGUGCAAAACUCAACAAGCGUCGCGUCAUCCAGAAGGCAGCUUUGGCUGCGGGCAAGGUCAUGGCGGGAGCUGCUCUCGGCACAGUCGGCUCGAUUGCCUUGUUGAGUAGCCCUCUGGCCACUCAGCUCUGCUCAUGGUUGGCUUGA